AUGUCAGACUCGAGGUGUGAUGGCGCCCUCUCUCGUGGGGUCAGAGAAACGCACAGCCGAGUGGGGAUACGAAGGCACUGGAGAAUUGAUGUGUUCUAUGUUCUGGAGGUGUUGUGUCUACUGUUGCCGUUGUGUUUGUGGUGCAAAGCGGAAGUUUCGAAAGAGAGUAGUGUCUAUAAGGUCUACAGAACAUUUAACAAAACUGUCAACUUUACUCACGUGGCGGUAGACUCCCAUUCUGGCCGCGUGUAUGUAGGAGCCACGAACUGGAUAUAUCAAUUCAACGGUUCCUUAAUCAUGGAAGCUAAAGUUGAAACGGGACCAGUACUGGACAGCAUCCAGUGUUCCCCCAACUACUGUCAUAAUCAGAAAACGACGGACACGGCUAACUUCAAUAAAGUUCUAGUCAUUGACGAUAAAAAUAGUAUGCUACUAGUUUGUGGAAGUGCCCACCAGGGGGCGUGUCGACGUCAUCAGUUGACAAAUAUAUCACGUUUUGAAGAUCUAAUUCCAGUUUCCGUAGCUGCUAAUGAUGGAAGUUCUUCUACUUACGCCUUCAUUGGUCCAGCUCGUUAUCUUGACAGUAUUUCACAAGUUCUUUACGUAGCCGCCACCAAUAGUCGAUUAGGGCCGUACAGAGAUAUGGUUCCUGCUGUUACUAGUCGCAGCCUGGUUGAUGGACCAGACAAACUUUUUGGGAUCAUUGAAAAGUCUUUUUCUACUAUUGCUCGAGUGGACAUCAGUUUCCACCUUAGGGAUUAUUAUCUAGUUAAUUACAUCUAUGGGUUCUCCUCUGGAGAUUUUGUUUACUUUAGUACUGUUCAAAGAAAAUCUCAUUUGAGGGCGCUGGAGGAAUGGGGAUACAUCACUAGACUGGCGCGUGUAUGUGCGUCUGAUGCUGGUUAUAGCACUUAUACCGAAGUAACUUUGCAGUGUCUUGGCGAAGAUGGUACCGAUUACAAUAUACUUCAGGAUGCCAGUGUUGUUGCUGCAGGCUCUAACUUGGCAAAUAUGUGUCAGAUCCCUAAAGAAACUGAUGUUUUAGUCGGCGUGUUUACUAAAAGUGCUACUGACCACACUUUUCAACCUGCCCGAAUGUCGGCCCUGUGUGUUUUCUCGCUGGCAGAGAUAGAGCAGAGGUUUACCGAAAACAUUCACAUGUGUUAUAAUGGAAGUGUGGUCACUCGGAACAUGGAUUACAUCGCCGGGAGCAUCAAGGAUUGUCCAGAACUAGGGAAAGGGGGUAACGUCCUCGAUUUUUGUGGGGAAGCGCUUAAGAUCAACGGGUCGAUUCCUCUGGGUGUGUUUGCUGCCAUUGAAGACAGGAACGUCAUUUAUAAAGCAGUAACCACUACUACGACAGCUGAGCACACGUUAGCCUUUGUUGGAACAGAUGAUGGUCGUUUGAAAAAGAUACUCCUGAGUAGCAAAGAAGAAGCGGAAGAAUUUGAAGAGGUUGUUAUUGAUCCGGGACAUCCCAUCCUCUCGGAUAUCCAUUUGGAUCCAAGCAAAAGAUUUCUGUACAUUGCCUCUCCUUACACGUUGAGUAAAGUAGUGGUCGAAAGAUGUCAGCAGCAUAGCACGUGCGAGGGGUGUUUACAGGCCAGAAAUCCAUACUGUGGCUGGUGUUCCUUGGAAAGAAGGUGUACGGUGAAGAUGGAAUGUCAAAACGCCACGGGAACUCACGGAUAUAGGUCAACUCGAUGGUUAUCUAUGGACACUCAAAAGUGUAUAGAUGUCCAGUCUGUAGAUCCGGACACGAUUCCUUUGGAUGCCAUGGUUGAGAUUAAACUGGUUAUCAACCAACUUCCGAAACUCCCUAACGAUGCACAUUAUUUGUGCGUGUUUGGGAACAGCACACCCACCACCGCCAAUAGCAUAGAAUCUGGUCUUUCCUGUAGGACACCUCUGUUAAAGGAACGUCCUUCAAUUCCACACGGAAAUGAUCACGUUACUGUGGAUCUUGCAAUGCGUUCCAGUGAAACCAAUACAGAUUUUCUUCACAUUCCAUUCAAGUUUUAUGACUGUAGCGUCCAUAAAACAUGCUCCGGGUGUGUGAGUGGUGCCUGGAAAUGCAAAUGGUGCCUUUACCAGAAUGAGUGUAUUCGUAACACCAGCUCCUGCCAGGGCGCCGUUGUGAAGAUAGAGGCUCACGAUCCCGAACUCACCGAAAGACGUGACCUUCACAGAUGUCCAAGAUUAAACCUGAAGAGCGAAAUCUUGCUAUCUGACGGAGAAAAUCGACGAAUUGAACUUGACGUUAAACAUCUUCCAUUGUUCAUGAACGACAUCCAGUGUGUUAUUGAAACAGAAGGUGAAAGAAAAGUAGUUGAAGCGCGAGUUGUUGGCAGCCGAAUUUUCUGUUCAAAGACGGUGUAUACAUACAAAGCCCAGACUGGAAAACUAAAAGUUGACCUGGCAGUAGUUUGGCGUGGAGUGUAUCUUAUAGACAGAACAACAGUGACGUUGUACAAAUGUAACCUACUUACUGAACACGGGAACCAUCUGGACUGCUCUCUGUGCUUGACCCGCGACCCCAGGUACAAAUGUGUCUGGUGUGGUGACUCAUGCAAGUUUCGUGACAUUUGCCCAAGUCGUGACGUAAUCAAGACGUGCCCUCCUCCAAGAAUUGACCUGAUAUACCCUAUCACAGGUCCUCGACAAGGUGGCACCAUGGUGACAAUAAAAGGUAGUAACUUAGGAACGAAAAAAGAAGACGUCCAAGAUAAAAUUACGAUUGGUGGGAUCCCUUGCAAAGUGGUGGAAUACAAUGUCUCUGUUAGAGUAGUCUGUCGUACUGGUGAAAGCCCUACUAUCAAGAGUGCUGAAGUCGUUGUUGGUAACAAUGCAGGAAGAACCACAGCUACGGAGAAGUUUUCAUACAGAAAUAUCAGUUUAACAAAAGUUUAUCCAAACAAAGGGCCUCAGGCUGGGGGCACACGCCUCUUUCUAAGUGGUUCAAACCUAAACAUUGGAAGUAACAUACAAGUUUUCUUGGAUAAUUUGCCUUGUAUUGUUUACAGAACAUUAGCAAGUAACAGACAGAUCAGCUGUCAUACAACUAGAGCCCCCCAUCCAUCGUACAAUGUGGCACAGUUGAUCCUUCAAGUUGACAAUGCUAGUCUAAUGUUCCCCAACCCUUUCACCUAUGUAGAUGACCCAACCAUCCUUCGGAUCUACCCACUAAAGAGCUUUGUUGGUGGUGGACGAAGCAUCAUGGUAGAUGGAACAUACUUAUCAUCUAUACAACGGCCAUGGAUGGCUGUAUUCAAAAAUAAAACGUUUCUCAAUAAGACGCUAUGUACUGUUCGUAGUCCAAAUCAGAUGAUUUGUCCAUCUCCAACCAUAAAAAUUGAGAAUGAGAAUUUCCUUAAUAAUGAAGGUGUGAGCACUCUCAAACCCAUUGACCAGCUUAAAUACAGAUUAAGUUUUUUAAUGGAUGAUGUUAAAAGCCUACUGAAUCUACAGGAACAUUUUCCAACACUUCAUUCAGACAUGACUUACGUCCCAAACCCUCAAUUCCUUCGAUUCAAGAAUGAUGGAAUUAAACAGUACAAAGGGGAGUCCUUAGUGAUUGAGGGUAAUGGCCUCUUGCUGGCUGCUUCAGAAUCUGAAGUUUCAGUAAAGGUUGGAACUUGUACCUGCAACUUAACAUCACUGACUAUGACUCAGUUAGUUUGUCUACCUCCAAAAGACCAACCCCCAGCCAAUGAUAACCAAAGAAGUAAUACUGAUCUUCCUCUGGUUGUAGUGCAUGUUGGAGAAAAUCUACAAUAUGAAAUUGGAUACUUACGCUAUGAGGUGACCAAAUUAUAUGAAUUUCCAACAGAAGCAAUUUGGGGUAUUGCAGUAGGUGGUGGACUGCUUAUGAUUCUCAGUGUAAUUACACUUGUUACUCUACGUUACAAAAACUCUCAAGCAGAGCAAGAGUAUAAGCGCAUCCAGCUACAGAUGGACACUUUAGAAAAUAGUGUACGGUCUGAGUGCAAGCAAGCUUUCGCAGAACUUCAGACAGACAUGACAGAUAUAACAUGUGACCUUCAAGCUUCCGGAAUCCCGAUACUUGACCAUAGGACUUUCGUCAUAAAAGUGUUUUUUCCAGGAGUUUAUGGCCAUCCAAUAUUGCAGACUAAUAUGAAGUCAAAUGGAUUUUGUAAUAACUAUGAUGCUGCAAUGAAUCAAUUCCAGCAACUCCUGCACAACAAAACCUUUCUCAUUACUUUCAUUGGAGUUUUAGAAGCACAGAAGACCUUCACAAUAAAGGACAGGGUCAAUGUAGCUUCACUGCUGAUGAUUGCACUAAUGGAGAAGAUGGAAUAUGCUACUGACAUAUUGAAAACACUUCUUGGUCAACUAAUAGAAAAAUCGGUUAAAACAAAUAAUCCACAGUUGAUGCUAAGAAGGACAGAAUCUGUGGUUGAGAAGAUGUUGACCAAUUGGAUGGCAUUAAAUAUGUAUGACUAUUUAAAAGACCAUGCAAGCAGGAGUUUGUUUUUACUUUUUAGUGCCAUGAAGCAUCAGGUUGAGAAAGGACCAAUUGAUGCUUUGACAAAUGAUGCUCGUUACUCUCUCUCAGAGCAGAAGUUGUUAAAAGAACACAUUGAAUGUUCCACUGUGACAAUUCAUGUGCUCCAGGAAAACCAAGAUGAAAGAAUCCAGGUCAAAGUGAAUGACUGUGAUACCAUAAGCCAAGUGAAAGCUAAAGUUCUGGAUGCUUUGUACAAAAAUACGCCAUUCUCUCUGCGACCUUCCAUUAAUGAAGUUGAUUUAGAAUGGAGACAUACUCAUAGUGAUCACUUAACCCUCAUGGAUGAAGAUUACACCUCCGUGACAUCUGGUAGUUGGAGAAGGUUAAACACAUUGAAACAUUAUGGUGUGAGAGGAUUUGCUGUAAUGAAUCUACUCAUCAAGCAGAAUAGUUUCAGCUCUAACAGCACUGAGGACACCUCUUUGGGCUCAGUAAUGCCAAUCAUGAACACUCCAGAAGCAGAACAAGGCAUGAAAUACUGGCAUCUCAUCAAAUCCAUGGAUAAUCAUAAUCAUCAAAGCAUAAGGCCUGAGAUCUUCCUCACCAGAUUAUUGUCCACUAAGGGCACAGUUGAAAAGUUUGUGAAUGACUUCCUGAUUACAGUACUCACUGUUAGUGAAAAUUUUCCAGCCUGUGUGAAAUGGUUGUUUGAUCUUUUAGAUGAAGCUGCCACUCAGCAUGGAAUAACAGACCCCGAGAUAGGACAUGCAUGGAAGAGUAAUAGUCUGCCUUUACGAUUUUGGGUGAAUUUUAUCAAAAAUCCAGACUUCAUCUUAGAUGUCAACAAAACUCCCCUGCUAGAUUCCUGCCUUUCAGUCAUUGCUCAGACAUUGAUGGAUGCAUGUUCUACAAAUGAACACAGACUUGGAAAAGACUCACCAUCAAACAAGUUGUUAUUUGCAAAGGAUAUUCUUCCAUACAAAAAGAUGGUAACAACAUUUUACAAAGAGGUAGCCCAGUUACCUGCCAUCACUCAUCAACAGCUCAGCGUCAACUUACAGAAGUUGUCUAUGGUACACAGAGGUGAAUUUGACAGUAUGAAUGCUGUGAAAGACCUUUAUAUCUACUUAGAGAGAUACAUUAAAGAGAUAUCGAUAGCACUAACAGUAGACCCAAUGUGCAGCCAGACCCAGCUAGCAUACAAGCUUGAAACAGUGACCUACACUUUACAAAGAGAAGAAACAUCUGUUUGCUGAAGAAAAAAAAUCACAUUAGUAGAAUAUUUAAAGUGCCAAAUACAAAAGCAAGUCAUCGAGCUUAAGAUUUUUUUUCUUCUAAAUUUCUUGGCCAAAUACUUAGUUCAUACAUAAAAUCACAAUUACCAGAUAGUACUGUAUUAGUAAAAGAAAAAAGAGGGGUAAACUAACCUUGGUGGUUUGUUGGAGUUGAGGCUGGGAACUAAGUGUUAAAUAAGAAAUGGGUACAUGCACCUUACCCAUGUUUUUCUUCUAUUACUGCUAUCCUAUGGAUUAGACCAACUUGUAUUGAAGACAACGUGCCAGACUAAAACUAACAAAAUAGUAGACAACAUCAGGAUUGAGAAAAUAUAGUUUUUAAAGACUAUUUGUGAUUACUUGAUACAUGAAGAUAGACGAUCAGAUGCAUUCCAUUGAUAGUAAUUGAAAGCCAAAUAAACAAUCAAAUCUAGACUAUUUUUUGAUGAAGGAAAAAGAAGACUGAUAGUUUGAUACUGGUGUUGUUUGUUUGUAAAAUACAUACCAGUAGUUGUAAUAAAACACAGGGUAUUUAACUUAAAUUAUAUAUAAAGAAUGCUUUUUAUGUAUACAUAUACAGAGACUUGAAAUUAACAAAUAGACACCCAAAUUUGAAAGAACACCACUCUUAUUUUGGAACUGUACAUAUCUCUGGCCAACUAUGAGUGAAACUAAUACUUUGUUGUGCAGCCUUUUACCUUUUAUAGGAUAGCAACAUGCGCACGGAUCAUUUUGCAAGAUCAUCAAUCCUGGUCUGUGUAAUUGCAGUCCAUUUCAGUCACAGAAUCUGUAUUAGGGAGUCUCAGGAAGUGGAUUUACUGGACUGGAACGCAUUCACAGGAAUCGGUCGAGGAUAACCCACAUGUGCUCGGUGCGGUUUAUAUUCGUGACUGGCUAGGCCAUGGCAGAGUUAUAAUGCUCUGACUUUCCUUCCACCUCAGGGGGUGUCUAAUUAUUUUAUGUAUAUGUACAUUCAUGAAUAUAUUUAAAAUAUAUAUUGAUGCACAUUAUGUGUGUUGUAUAUAUGUGUAUGUGUGUGUGUGUAUGUUUAUAAAGUUGUGAUGAUAAGGGUUAAUUGUAGGCAGAUAUGAAAGGAUCUUCUAUGCAACAUUCCAAAUUUUAGUAGAAAAGAAUGCAUAUAUAUCUUAAGACUUGUAUUUUUGGAUAAAGAAAAAAAAGGUGUAAAAAGAAUACCAAAGUUUUCUUUGGUGUAGAGUAAAUGAUUUUUGGUUACUUAAAAUAUUGCAGGCUGUUUAUAUAUGUGCAAGCUAGGUAUCAUAAAAUAUUUUUUUUUAAAUAAGCAAACCCUGGAUAUUUAUAAUGUUUUUUUUUCAUUUUAAAGCUGCAAGGCCAAGGAUGGUAUUGCAUGGUCAUUUGGGGUAUUAUGUGAUAUGUUUUGAAACGAUCCCUUGUAGUUUUCAAGGGUUAGUAUCCAUUCCAUAGAUAAGGGUAAAUUGCUGGAGAAUGGAGGAUCGUUGAGUAAGUUCUUGAUUGUUUAAUCAUUUCAGUUAUUUUGCACUUGUGGCUUUAACACAGUCAAGUUUAUUGAACAAAAAUGAGCCCUAUCUUAUUUCGUCUCAUCGUUUGCUGGGCUUGAGUUCUUAUAAUCUAACAAGUGUUUUACAAACGUUUUCUUCAGUAAAACUUUACAUGGGUAUGUUUGAUUAUAACAACGGAUGGGGUGGUAUCGUCUUUAAAUUCCAAUGAGUUUUUGUCAUGUAUUUAAUGUUUUAUUUUGUUUUUAUUGUAGGUUUCUUUAUAUAUAUCUGUAGAAUAAUAUUCUAAUUAAUAUAAUACAAGUAGUAUAGGUAAUUCUUUACACUUCUCUGUAUACAACAUGUUUGAGCUCUGAAAUUGAUCUUUUUCAAAAAUUGUUUUGUUUGCUUAUUACACAGGCCUGCAAUGGUUUUAUUGUCGUGAAAUUUUUACAUG